UGAGGCGAAGAGAAAAUGACCUGCGAGGCCCCUUCGUCUCGGACUCGGAGGGAGAGGGAGGAGGUUUUGAGAAAACCCGCAUGGCGUGCGAGGGAGUGAAAGCACAUGCAGUUCUCAACUGGUUCCAGAAGAGGACAGGACUGAGGUCGAAACCGUCCUUGACAUGGUCUGCGGGGGCAGAACCAUAAAUUAAUGGAUGGGCCUGGCACGCUCCUCCUUUAAAAGAAGGGAGAGGAUGUUCUGUUUGCAGGAUUUACUGCUCGGCCGUAACUCUUUUCUCUCUGUUGGUGCACUGAGUCCCAAGGAAGGAGGAAACUAAGCAGAGGCAGGCAGCAGAAGAAGAAGAAGAAGAAGAAGAAGAAGACGACGACGGCGACAAAGAACGAGCAGAAGCCCAAGUGAGGGAAGAAAGACAAAAAAGGAGAGAGAUGGGGAGGUCACCAUGCUGCGACAAGGCGAACGUUAAGCGGGGGCCGUGGUCUCCGGAGGAGGAUGCCACCCUCAAGAACUACGUCGAGAGGUAUGGCACCGGCGGCAACUGGAUUGCUCUCCCCCAGAAAGCAGGGCUCAAACGUUGUGGAAAGAGCUGCCGUUUGCGUUGGCUUAAUUACCUGAGGCCUGAUAUCAGGCAUGGUGGUUUUACUGAGGAAGAGGAUAACAUUAUUUGCUCUCUCUACGAGUCCAUGGGCAGCAGGUGGUCUGUAAUUGCUUCACAGUUACCAGGAAGAACGGACAACGAUGUGAAGAAUUACUGGAACACUAAGCUCAAGAAGAAAAUGCUUGCAGCGAAAAACAAUCUUGGUAGCGAUCAUGCUCAUGUCCGCGCGAACUCAACCUCAAUUUGUUCAUCGUCUUCACCUUCACCUUCUUCUUCAUCAUCACCGUCCACUUCCACAGUCACCGCCAUUGCACCAGCAAGCAUGGGAUCCACCUACAGUUUCUCCAACUUCAGCAAGCCCAAACAUGAACCCAUGGUGAUGCCUCCAAUGGAAGCUGGUUUUCCCUAUACUGUAGACCACCCAAGCACAAACUUUGGGUCUGCCUCUCUCCUGCCAUCAUCUGGGUUUACAGAGAAUAUAGCACCACAGAUGUUUCCUGAUCAUAAGCCCCUUUUCCCAUCUCAAACCCAUAAUCCAAUUGACAACAACUAUAUUGCAUGGUUGCUCAAUGGUGGCGCUGAGGAGGCUUUCCCUCUCAUGGAUCUUGCUGGUGGCUCUGCCAGUGAAGUCUCAAGUAUCUUUGCUGUUCAAGAUAAGAAAAUCUUUCAAGAUAAUGGUGAAGCGGCGCCUGGAUACAAUGCUAAUUACAACUUCUCUUAUGGAAGCAUGUUGGUCAACCCAGAUGGUUCACAGCAAGCGUUGUACCCAAGUGUAGCUCAUAUAUUAUAAAGAAAAAAAAAUCAAAGAAAUAGUACUGUCCCUUGAUGUUUCUCAUUCGAGGCUUCGAGCUUGUUUUAGUUUUCACUUACUCCAUUGUUGAUAGCCUAACUUCCCUGUAAAUGAUUGACAAUACAGUUAGGAAAUGUUUC